AAUCACCUCUACUGGAUGGCUGCAACUGCCACAGAGGGCAAUGGGGACAUGCUAGAGGCUAUGUGGAAAUCACUGACUAACCACAUUCAAGAUGUUCAUGAAGGACAUAGCGAAUUAUAUCCAAAAUGUGCCCAUGGCCAUCUAGAUGAGGAUGAUCGAGACAAGGAGUGGCUCCAACCAUCAUCAAAGGUUUGUGAGAAAUUAACCGACAUCCUACUCAGCAAGUCCUUGUUGAAAGACAUCAGGAUGGUAUCACCUCUCUACCAGACUUCUUCUCUGGAGGCACUUCACAGUCUUGAUAUAAUAUUUGCACCCAAACAUACUGCUUUUGCAUUCUUAGCUAUGUAUGCCAGACUUUUGUUGGCUGCCCUUCACUACAAUGAAAACAGUGAUCGUUUACAGGCAGUGACAAAGGAUGGAAGACCCUGCUACACAAUUAGGUUCCCAAAGUUCAAAAAGGGAGAGUAUUCAGUGCGAAAGGAAAAGACAUCUGCUACUUAUGGUUAUACCGAGGCUUUAAUUGAAAUGUUGUUAUUGGAGUAUGAAGAGGACCAAGGGUCAUUAAAGAAUUCUAUACAGGAUGUAAGGGAAUCCAUGCCAGCCCCACUUGCUGCUUCCUUUGAGAAGCCCUGCAAAGAAACAGCAGUUCAAGAAUAUGUGUCUCGGUUUGCACAGCGGUGAAAGUUCAUUCAAAGAGGUGUGGCGGUUUUAAUCCAGUGUAAGAUGUUCCAAACUCCGCUGGAAAAGUGCUUCGGAUUUUGUUUACAGCACAAGAUGGCAGAGCGACCCUCACAUGUUUGCCAAGAUAACCCCAGCACCAGCGAACGAGUUGUCUGUAGGCAAUGUAGCGAAAUUUCCUGCAGGGAAGACGAGACAACUAGCUGUACCUCUGUAUUAUUGAAUCGAUAGCACAAAAAAACUCCAGGAAAUCGAUCUCAAAAUGUAACAAAUCAGAUAAAAAGCAACACAGCUUACUCGUUUUCGGUGUGAUUAACUGUGCCGUACUGCUGUCUGUACGUGUAAUAGGCGGUCUCCAGCACCCAGACAUCGAGGCAGGUUGACUGAAAACCUGGAUGUUCUGUGAUGCAACUCAGCUGGGUUUCAGGCCUUUGUUCCUCCACUUUUUGCCACACUUGCCCAAUUUCCGUACAAC